GCAAACAACAUGAAAGUGCUCAUAGUUCUGUCUCUGGCUAUUGUCUUCGUCUCUGCUUUCGGCAAGAAAAAACCUGCAAGCCCAAUUUAUAUUCGGGACUUGCCUAAAAAGACCCCAAGGAAGUUUAGCAUCACCAACGGUUACAGGGCUUACGAUGGUCAAUUCCCCUACCAGGUGGGACUCUACAUGAAAUUUGAUUUUUUGUGUGAAGGCUUGUGCUCAGGCUCCAUCAUUUCCAAUCAGUGGGUGCUGACUGCUGCUCACUGUGUAUACAAUCGCAACUCCGUGUACAUCAUUUACGGUACCGUCGACUUCUUGAAUCCCAGGCUCUCUAUACAUGUUGAUAGCAACAAUAUCUGGCAACACGAAGACUUUAAUUAUUCCAAUCUGGCGAACGAUAUAUGUUUGAUCAAUACACCCUUUAUUGCAUUCAACGACUACAUCAAGAAGAUAAUGUUGCCCCCUCUUAACACCAGGCAGUUUCAAUUUGAUGGGGAGAAUGCUAUCGUCGCAGGUUGGGGCCAGACCUCCGACUCAAGUCCCCCCGCUUGUAACAUUUUGCAGUACGCGAACUUCAUUAUUAUGAAUGUCUACACCUGCCAGCUCUACUACGAUCCAGGCAUAGUUCAAAGCGAUAGCAUCUGCGUGGCCACCUCCAACGGCAGAUCACCUUGCAAGGGUGACUCUGGUGGCCCUUUGGUACUAAAUAGAAACAAACAACAGAUUGGUGUUAUGUCAUAUGGUUCUUUACAUGGUUGCGAGAAUGGUUUUCCUGUUGUCUUUACUAAAGUCACUAGCUACUUGGAAUGGAUCAAGGAUAUAUCUGGCGUUUACUAUUAAAUGCAUUUUAUGCGAAGUUUAAACGAUAUAAAAAUAUUUAAUU